CUUCAAUUGAAAAACAAUUUUCGUCUAAUGAAUUAAAUUUCCCAGCAUUCCUAGUUCCCAAAGUGAAAACAUUUGAUAGAUGCUUUCAAACAGACAGCCCAAAGGACGUAGUGACGUCAUGAACGUAAAUACAAAACUUAGGUCAUAGAUUUACUUUCCAUUCCACGCCCAAAAUCAACCUUAAACAUGGACAGCGAGGACGAUAUGAUAUACGAUGAUGAUGAAUCUCAUGAGGACGAUAGCAAUGAUGAUGACGAUUUUGUUGAUAUUGCUAUGGAGCCAGAACCUUCAUCUACAAGCGAGUCAAAGGAUCAUGAGGACUAUCCCUUUGAGGUGUUAACAGCUGACAGAAUUGUCCAUGUUAUGGUUGAGUGUAUAAAAGAAGUGAAUGCAGUUGUUCAGAUUCCAUCAACUAUCACAAGAAUUUUGCUGAACCAUUUUAGAUGGGACAAAGAAAAAUUGAUGGAAAGGUACUACGAUGGUGACCAGGAUAGUUUGUUUUCAGAGGCUCACGUGGUCAGUCCAUACAGAAAAGAUGCCUCUAGACAGACAAAGAGAAAUACUCGUGGUACAGCAGCUUCCGCAUCCAGUGAAAUUGUUUGUGAAAUCUGCUAUUUUUCAAAACCUGCAAAUGAGAUGACAGGAUUAGAGUGUGGUCAUAGGUUCUGCUCACUGUGCUGGACAGAUUAUCUCACGUCUAAGAUCGUGGAUGAGGGCAUGGGACAGACUAUAGCAUGCGCGGCCUAUGGUUGUGAUAUACUUGUGGAUGAUGUCACUGUCAUGAAUUUAAUAAAAGACCCCAAAGUGAGAUUAAAGUAUCAACAUUUAAUAACAAAUAGCUUUGUAGAGUGUAAUAAAUUAUUACGUUGGUGUCCAGCACCAGACUGUGGACACGUGGUUAAAGUUCAAUAUUUUGAUGUUAAACCUGUACAGUGUGCCUGUGGCCAUACAUUCUGUUUUGCAUGUGGAGAAAACUGGCAUGAUCCGGUGAAAUGUGUCUGGUUAAAAAGAUGGAUAAGAAAAUGUGAUGAUGACAGUGAAACUUCCAACUGGAUAGCUGCCAAUACAAAGGAAUGUCCCAAGUGUCAUGUAACAAUAGAGAAAGAUGGAGGAUGUAAUCACAUGAUAUGCAAGAAUCAAAAUUGCAGGGCUGACUUCUGCUGGGUAUGUUUAGGACCCUGGGAACCUCACGGAUCUUCAUGGUAUAAUUGUAACAGAUUUGAUGAAGAUGAGGCCAAAAAAGCCCGAGAUAGCCAGGAGAAAUCUCGCUGUCACCUUCAGAGGUACCUGUUUUACUGUAACAGAUACAUGAAUCAUAUGCAGAGUCUCAAAUUUGAGAAUAAAUUGUACCAAUCAGUGAGAUUGAAAAUGGAGGAAAUGCAGCAACAUAGUAUGUCCUGGAUUGAAGUUCAGUUUCUCAAGGUCGCUGUUGAUGUACUGUGUAGCUGUCGACAGACUCUCAUGUAUACAUAUGUAUUUGCUUUCUAUCUGUCGAAAAACAACCAGUCUAUUAUAUUUGAGGAAAACCAGAAAGACUUGGAGCAUGCCACAGAACAACUAUCAGAGUACCUGGAACGUGAUAUAACAUCGGAACUCCUGGUCGAUAUUAAACAAAAAGUGCAAGAUAAAUAUAGGUACUGUGAAAGCAGAAGAAAGGUUUUAUUAGAUCACGUUCAUGAGGGAUACGAGAAGGAACAGUGGGAAUACCAAGAAGUAUUGUGAUAACAGUUAUCUCCCUUAGUUACUAUUUAUGAACAAUUGAGUACAUUUAUUUAUGUUACCAAAUUGUUUGCAAGAACCAAUAAUUGGAACAGUAUAAAAAUUAUAUUUCAUGUAUAUUUCCUCAUUAAGGUGACACAGUCUUCAUAAUUUCAAUUAUUUUAUUAACUGAUUAAGAAUCAGAACAGUUGUAUGCUAGCUGUAAAGAAGUAUGAGAUUUUAAGCCUUGAUUUAACGUAUAUAUCAUUUUAGAUAUAAACUACCAUUUAUCAGUUGCUCUUAAUGAAACUAGACUGUAGUAAAAAUUAGUUGAACUAUAAUAGUUCUAUAUUGUAUCUAGUUUUAUGCUUUUUGAAAGAGACUGUAGUUUCAAUGUUCAUUAUGAAAUCAGAGUGCAGAGGCUGUACAACUAGUUAACCCUUAGCCUGCUGGUGGCAAGCGAGUCUGCCUUUGCAACCAGUGCAGACCAAGAUCAGCCUGCACAUCCAUGCAGGCUGAUCAUGGUCUGCACUGUUCGCUAUUCAGUCUGUAAAUUUUCAGUGAAUACCCUUUGAAUAAUAAAUGGUACUGCCCAAAUUGAAUGAUAGACCAGUCCAUUUUAGAAAUUUAGCAGGGUAAAGGUUCAGGUGUUUUAAUGGUGAGGUAGGAAAAUGGUGUCUGAUGCUUAUAACAUGCUUUGUUAUAGUUUACAAGGAACAAAAAGAAAUGGAAAUUCAGCUUGAUAGUGCAAGGCUGCUGCAAAAUGUUUGUUUUAAAGUAGUUGGAGAAAAGCUUGACAGCUGGAGUUGUUACAAAAAUUAGUGUUGCUAUAAAUGUCAUAUUACCAAUGCAUUCAAGUUAACCAAUGCAUUUUAAGAUUUUUUUCAAAGAAUAUAAAAUAUUAAGAAGCACACUAAUGAUUACACAGUCUGAUUUCUUUGAAACAUAGGGUCACAGAAAAAUAAAUAUAUUCAGCUAUUUAAACAAGAGAAUAAAUGUUAAGCUUGCCAGCUACAUUUUUCUGAACAGAUUAUCUUGUUUCUUUGAAGUAUGAGUCAAUAUAAAUUUCUUGCUUUCUCAGCCAAAAGCAUAUCAAAAUUUAUAUACAGUAUUUGGAGCUUUUAUUGUGCGAAAAUGUUGCUGAUUGUUAGAAAGUCUGUUAUUUUGUUAAUUUAAUAACUGUAAAAAUUACACCUUUUUUAGGGGAAAAGACUAGCAUUUAAAACAUGUACCAGUACUGCCAUACAACGAGCAUGUAGAUGUUUUCAUAAUAAGUUUUAUUAUAUAAUGUGUUUGAGUUCUUGAUAUUGGAACAAGAAUUACCAGUCAUCAGGAGAGUUUAUAGUGCGACAUGAAAAUAUUUUUAUGCCCCUGGCAUCUGCUGAUGCGGGAGGCAUAUAGUGAUUGUCCUGUCCAUCCGUUCGUUCAUUCGUCCGUCCGUACAAGGUUAACCAAAUCGGACCGUUUCGUCUAGCAUCAAUACCCCUAACUAGAAUGACUUGAUACUAAUGCAGAUGUAACCUGUGACCAUUCCUCAUCUUCAGACAUCACCUGUCCUCAGUUUGACCUUGAACUUGACCUCGUUUUGGACUUAGGUUGCUUUGUAUCGACAAGGAUGCCACCGGGGGCAUCAAGCGUUUAUUGAACGCAGCUACUUGUUUUAUGGAUGGUUUGAGAUUGUGACUGUGUUAAUGGUACAGGCUGUUUUUGACUGUAAUUCUAGUAUUUGAUGAUACUAACAUUAUCAGUUUUAAGUGUUAGCAUUAUGUUAUCCACUUUUCGAAAAUGAAAUUGUUGUUCCAAUAUGUUGAAUGCCUUUCAGCCUUUUAAAGGUACAAUAAUAUUGUGUAAAUAAGAUUGUAACAAAGACCACCUUAUGGAAUGUUGGUGGUUCAACUCAGGUGCCCACUUGUGAUGAAAAAAUGCACCAAAAGGGUCUUCCUCCGCAAUAAAAGCUGGAAAGUCUUCAUAUGACCUAUAAUGGGGAUAAUAAGAACAGAGUUACCUCUGGUUAUCUCCACAGAGGGCGCUGGUGAAAUAAAGGGUAAACAUUAUCCCGCCUGACCUUAGAUUUACUAUAGAAUGUAGUAGAGAUUCUGCAUAAUAAACACUAAUUAAUUUGUAAUUUCCUAGGUAUUUGACCUUAAACACUAAUUAAUUUGCAAUUUCCUUGGUAUUUGACCCAGAACUAAAUAAAAUCUUAGAAAAUAGUCAAAUAAAUACUUAAAUACAUGUAUUUAAAGGAUUUUUGAGUAGUUCAUAGAUGAAACGAAUAAAAAUUUGAUUAUGGUUCAGUAUUGUUGUGUACCACUAUGUAAGGGUUAUGGAGGAAUUCAUUUUCCAAAAGAACAACAUUUAAAGGAUUUAUGGAGAGUAGCAGUAAAAAUAGCAGAUCCUUGGAAUAAGACAAAACUGUGGCAAACUAGUAACACGAUAUUGUUUCAAAAUAUUAAGAUCUUGAACUUACCAAAAACAAAACUUAAUGAAGGAUUACAUUUGUGUACUUCAACAUAAUUAAUUUCCGUAGAUGUAUUGUUGGUAAACUUGCAUAACUAUUAUUUUGUGCAGAAAUACCAAGAAAUAUGAACUAUUGAUGCUGGACUGUUAUAUAUUUAUUUCAACUACAAACAAUUAUUUAUCAAAUGCAUAAUAGCUUUUUAUAGACUGAACAUCAUAUUGUACUGCAAAUGUCUACAUUAAUCAUCAUCAAUGUUAUUUCACAAAUGUUCAGCUGUAUAUUUCCACAGAUACAUUUUGUAGAACAGUUCUAGCUUUGGUAAAAUACUGUGUUUACAGUACUCAUGACCUAGUUCAACUUUUUGUACAAACAUAUCCUUGAAUGUAUACACAAUGAAAUAGCAAUAUAUAUACAUCUGUCACUGUAUCUGAUAAUAGUAGUUUGAAGUUUUCUUUAGCUCCAUUUUUUCGUCCGUAUAAUCCAAGUAUGGAAAAAAAAUUCAAGGUUGGAUAAUUGCCUCUUUCCCAGCAUAUGGACAUUUCACCUCAACUAUUGUUUGUUCAUUGAUGACUCCGUCGGGUGUUGCAGCCAGAUAAGGACUUUCUCUACAUGUGAAUAAACCGCAGUUGUUGACACUAUAUCCCGUAUGCUUUUCAAAUUUCUAAUUGCUGUUUUUUUCAUAUUGCUUCCCAAUUUAGGGAAGUGGAUCCUAUGGUCUGCUUGCAGUUGAUGAAACCCUUCAGUGGAUCAGUCUGAAUCCUGAGGUUCUGGUAGGAGAAUAGGUUCAUCCCUGAAGUCUUGAUUUCUGUCAUAUGCUUCAAGUCUGAAAGUAAGAAAAAGACAGACACCAUAAAUUCCUCAAACAAGUUAUAGUGCUAGCAUAAGUCAUUAACCUGUAAAAUGUUAUUCAAAGGGCUACUCUCCAGUAUUAUUGCUUUAUAUAAGCAACACUAAAUCUACAAAUAAUGAGAUGCAAUAAAGGUUAAUACUAUUUGUCUGAGAAUUAUUUAAUUAUAACAACAUAAAACUAUACCUUGUUAACAAAUCUUCUUUUCUGCCUUUGAUUGAUGCCCCUCUUUUUAUUAAUUCUCUCUGUAAUUGUAUAACUUUCCGUCCAAAAAAUUUUGAUUUCCUCUAAGAAUCCAUUUGAGAUAAGAAUCUGGGUCAGCAUUGUUUACCCCUUAUUUUACUAGCGCCACCUAGCGAGUAGCUGGCUUAUUAUCCCCAUUGGACAAGAGUUGGACAUGUUUGAUCCUGUAGGAGACAUGACAGUUAAUAUUCAGGCUUACAUUUACAAAACAUUAAUGCAUUUCCUGAAACAAACCUAAAAUAUUAAAAAAGAUGAAGGGGCUAGUGGGUUGAAAUUUAUUUACAAUUCAUUUCUAUACAACAUUAUAUAGCAUAUGUCUUAAUGUAACGGUUUAAGCAUUAAUUUAAAUGAAGAUAUUUAGAUAUUCAUUUAGGUAUAAUCACAUUCUGUUGCAUUUUGAAAGACAUAUUAAAAUCAUACUACUGUACAAGGAAUGAAAGUGUAGAACACAAGCCUAGCACCAUUCCUGGCUACCUUGGAUACACCAAAGGAAAAAUAUUAUGAAAAAUAGAUACAUCUUUCUUCUUUCUUUGGCAUUAUUUGUAAAACUUGCUGCCACAGUAUUGUUAAUGGUGUGUAAAAUAAAGCACUUAUUUAUUAUUCAUACUGUAAAUUUAAUGAAGGACAAGCUCUCUGAAAAACAAAAUAGCCAGUGAAAGGGAAAGUGGAGCCUUUUUAAUGGCAGGAAUAUUUUUUGUCCAUUGUCCUUCCUGGAAAUCUCUCUACUUCUGUCCAUUUCAAGUAAGGAUUUGUCAUGAAUUUUCCAAGUGCUACUUUAGUCUUCGAAAUACAUUAUAAUCAGCGUAACAUUUAUUGACUUAAUGUUUGUUAAAUUAUCACAACACAAGCAAAUAGACAGAUGUUUACAUCAAAUCUAUAGCAUCAUCACAUUAUGACUAUUAACUGAAUCACUGUGAAUGAAUUUCUGUGUAAAACAUAAACUGCCAACAUUCCUGUGUCUGGUACAGACAACUUUUUUUAUUCAGUCACAAGUAAUUUACCUCCAUUCUUUGAUUUUUGCUAAAAUUGGAAAUACUAGUUGGUUGCAUUUUCAUGGAAGUUUAUAGUUAUUGAAUUAAAUAUAUUUGAGCCGCGCCAUGAGAAAACCAACAUAGUGGCUUUGCGAACAGCAUGAAUCCAGACCAGCCUGCGCAUUCGCGCAGUCUGGUCAGGAUCCAUGCUGUUCGCUUACGGUUUCUCUAAUCGCAAUAGGCUUUGAACGCGAACAGCACGGAUCCUGACCAGACUGCGCGGAUGCGCAGGCUGGUCUGGAUCCAUGCUGGUGGCAAAAGCAUUAUGUUGGUUUUCUCAUGGCGCGGCUCAUUUGAGAAAAUUUAUUGUCAGAAUGAUUUAGUAGUAUGUCUAAAAAUAUGUCGUCAUAUUGUUGGUAAAACUUUUUGUUUUAAAGUAAUUGAAGUCUUUUUUGCUAGUAGCGGAUUUUUGCAAAAUCAUCAAAUUGCUAAAUAAUAUUGUCAAAAAUAAUCCCUCUUGAAUAAAUCUGAUUUUACAGUACAGAGUAGUGAUACUUGAAAUUUUGUUCAAGAAUCUAGUUCAUUUUUAAUUCAAAAAUAGCAUAAUCAAGUUUGGAAUAUUUAAAAAAAGGUAGUACUAUUUAUUAGCGCAUGUAUGGUACUGAUUAGUAGGUGAAUGUAAACAUGGCAAAGAGGUUACACAUCCUGCUGGGUAAUUUACGAGUAUGUAGACAUCAAGUGAAUUAUUCUGCACAUGUUCAGAGUGUAUGAAUUAAUUGUAACACUAUUAACUUUCAUCAUUUUGAUUCUGAAAUGUUUUUUGUAUAAAGUAGUAGGUCAAAUAAUUUUUUAUGGUAGUACUUUCUCGGUGCCUGUAUGGUACCAAACAAAAUGUAAAAAUCAGUAUUGCCAUGUUUAAUGAAACUAGACCUGAUUUUUAUGCCCCCGAAGGGAGGCAUAUAGUUUUUGAACCGUCUGUCAGUCUGUCCGCAAUUUUCGUGUCCGGUCCAUAUCUUUGUCAUCGAUGGAUGGAUUUUCAAAUAACUUGGCAUGAAUGUGUACCACAGUAAGACGACGUGUCAUGCGCAAGACCCAGGUCCGUAGCUCAAAGGUCAAGGUCACACUUAGACGUUAAAGGAUAGUGCAUUGAUGGGCGUGUCCGGUCCAUAUCUUUGUCAUCGAUGGAUGGAUUUUCAAAUAACUUGGCAUGAAUGUGUACCACAGUAAGACGACAUGUCGCGUGCAAGACCCAGGUCCGAAGCUCAAAGGUCAAGGUCACACUUAGACGUUAAAGGAUAGUGCAUUGAUGGGCGUGUCCGGUCCAUAUCUUUGUCAUCCAUGGAUGGAUUUUCAAAUAACUUGGCAUGAAUGUGUACCACAGUAAGAGGAUAUGUCGCGCACAAGACUCAGGUCCGAAGCUCAAAGGUCAAGGUCACACUUAGACGUUAAAGGAUAGUGCAUUGAUGGGCGUGUCCGGUCCAUAUCUUUGUCAUCCAUGGAUGGAUUUUCAAAUAACUUGGCAUGAAUGGGUACCACAGUAAGACGAUAUGUCGCACGCAAGACCCAGGUCCAUAGCUCAAAGGUCAAGGUCACACUUAGACGUUAAAGGUCAUUUUUCAUGAUAGUGCAUUGAUGGGCAUGUCCGGUCCAUAUAUUGUCAUUCAUGCAUGGAUUUUAUAAUAACUACGCACGAAUGUGUGGCACAGUAAGAUGACGUGUCAUGCGCAAGACCCAGCUCCGUAGGUCAAAGGUCCUAAACUCUAACAUCGGCCAUAACUAAUCAUUCAAAGUGCCAUCGGGGGCAUGUGUCAUCCUAUGGAGACAGCUCUUGUUCAUAUAAGAAUUGAGAAAUAAUGUAUAGAAAAACUGUGUUUUAACAUAAAUAAUAUAUGAAAAAGAGGUUAUAUGUCAGCAGAAUAAUUUUACGAGGGCACAGCCCGGGUGAAUUAUUCUGGUGAUAUAUAUAACCAAUUUUGAGUGUAUUAAUUUAAGUAAAACACAAUUUUAUUUUACAUUAUUUUGAUUUUAAUAUGCCCUUUAUCUAAAACAGAAGAUAAAAUAUAAUAGCGCUCUUUCUUGGUCGCAACAAAAACAUUGACAUCAUCGCCCAUUAACGUCACAUCAUUUUACCAUAAGCAUGUUUUAACAGAAACAAGCAUAUUUGAAUUAUAUUUCAGCAAUCAACAAGUACCAGUACAUUAAUAAGAUCUCUCAUACAUGAUGUUACAUCAGUCUCCUGAUAUUUUAUACUGUUCAGCAUUAUUGCCAACUAUGUAAUUGCCAUGAGAAUGUGACUUCUUUGAUUGAAAUACUAGUACGUGUUUGCAACUGGAUUUUAAUUUGCAUAAAGGUUUAUUUGUUGAAAAAAUACAUAACAUCAGUGAAUAGAAGCAUGUAUCAUGAUUUUUAGUUUUAGAUCAAUGAGGGAAAAAUUGUUUUAGGGAUAACAGUGUAGUGGAACAUUGUCUUUUUCAAAACUGUUCUGUUUGUUUUGCAAUAUUAUACAUACAUGUAUGGCAAGUUAUGCCUAAUGUUACAUUCAUAAAGGAGCAACUGCUAAUUGCAGAACUUGUUAGAUGCAUAAUCUCCCUGUUUUAAAAAAAAAAAUUGUUCCAGCAAUUUAUCCUUACUGGUGUUCAUAGUUCAAACACUGUCAUUAUGCAAAUGAGUAAGGGUUUGGUUUGAACUUGUAUUCAAAAAGCACAAGUUUAACAAUGAUAGAUACUAACCUGUCCUAUAAGAAUGUUACGUCCUUUACAUUUGUUUUAGUUUGUUCUUACAUGUGAUGUCUUUAGACUUAAAGCAUUAAGUUUCUUCUGUGUAUUUUAGUUUAUAAUGCUUGAUUAUGUAAAUAUUACUUUUUGAAUGUUUGCAAAUUUUAAUGUAUAGGAGUUACUUUGAUAGAAAUGUUCCUGUUUUAUUGUUUUAAUGCUGUAUGGUAUGAUUGGAUAGUGUAGUGUGAACUGAAAGCUUAAAUUACCAAGGGCUCUUCUCUUCAUCGGUAGUCAGUUGGCAUCUAGAAUCAUUUUGUUGAUGAGUAUCUUUUCCCACUGAAAACAACCUUAAAUCUAGAUUCUUUUUUCUGGUUUUCAUGGUAGAGGCAGAUAUGACCCAGAUACUUUGAAUUAUGCAGAAAUAUCUUUUUUUGUGCUAUGCAUAGAAAUUAACUUCUUUUUCAAUGAGAUUCUAUAUACGAUUAUAUCAAAUUUUUCAAUAAAACUUUUAAAAUGAGGAAGGGUUUUGUGUUUUUCAGAAUCUUACUGCAUUGCAUUUCCAGAUUUCAGUGUUGUAGUUGUCACAGUGCAACACUGCAGACUGUAGAUCUUGCUAUUUCAGCAAAGUUUCAGUAUAAUCUAUCACUGAUGAUAAAAGAUGUCUCUGUAAUAUGUGUAUAUUUCAAAGCAUAUCUUGUGUAAUUAUUAUCUUCAAAAUACAAAAUAGUGCCAUUACUUUAUAAAGUUGUGGUCUUACACAGUUGGGCCUCUGCAUUUUUUCUGUCAGUGUGCCCAGAGAGAAGAUGCCUCUAGCCAUUAUGCAGUUAUAUGUAUUUAGGCAGGCAUGCAACAGAUUGUAUACCAUAUAUUCCCUUAUUAACGUUGGAGGAGGGUGGAAGUGGCAUAACAGUUUGGAAGAUUGUGGCAUUUGUUAUGGAACAAGAGAAACCUUUUUACCUUUAUUACUACUUUUCAUAAAAUGUUCACCAAUUACAUUGCUUCACAUAUAUUCAGAACAUGUUGAUAAAAUGUUACAUGGUAAUUCUUACUUUGGUACAUCUGUGGUAUAAACCAUGAUUGAGUUUUUCCUCUCCUGUCAGUUUACUGCGAUUACUUUGGUGUUUAGCCAUUGCCAACACAUCAUGCACCUGUUGCGUCUAUAUAACCUUUCUCAGCAAUUUCAAGGUGUAGAAAAACACAGGGUAGUUUUAAAAGGUAAUCAAAGGAAAGAAAAAUGAAACAUAAGAAAAUGGGUUUGAAAGACUUACAGGUAACUGAUAGGCAUGGACUUAAGUUUUGAUAACAGUGUAUCAAACUGAGAAAUGUUUUCUGUAGAUUUAAAAUGUUUUUGAGAGCAAUUUUCAUGGGAAUUUGUGGCUUAAUUUACUAGAUUUGGUGGAUUAAACUGGAUGUUUUCUUUCAAAAUUGUAUAUUAAAUCAUUUUAUGUUCUAAAAAUGUGGAUGGGGCAUUAAAUAGAAGGAGGGCAUUAAUAAGGGAAUACAUGGUAGUCAGUAAAUUGAUUGUGUUUAUAUAAAAAAGGUCUUAUAAAAUUUGAAAGGAGCAAUAAUAGGAAAAAUCCUGACUUAUAUUAAUAAGAACAGAGAUAGAGUAAUAGUAUGUAAAUCCUUUAAAUUAGGCAAUCAGUUACAAGAUCUCCAGUUUGCAUAAUGAGGCUAUGCCAUAAUUAAAUUACAAAAAAAAAAGAUUGUACUUUGUUGACAAUUUUGUUUCAAUUAGAAUUCUCUCCUUAAUGUUGUUCUAAAACAUGCAGGGAUUCUUUUCUUUGUUUGAAGAUAACAUUAGUAACAAUUGCCAGCAAAACAUGCAUUGGUAACAUGUUCUAUGAAGUUCAUAGAACAGAAGAAAUUCAAUUUAUGAUCUGUGGCAACUUUAAAACUUGUCCUGUUUAAGACCAGAUUACCUUAUUUUCAGCACAUGGAAAUGUUGUUGUUUUUUAAUUUUCCUAUCACUUAAGCUAAUCAGUCAUUUAUUGUACAGAAUAUUAUGCUCUAGAAAAGCAUUCUCAUUAUUAUAUUUAUUAUAAACUAUUAUUGAAUUACAUUCAAGGUAAAUGAACAUCAUUUCUGUGAUUGUUGAACAUACAUGUAUUCAGUUAGUGAAUGUUUGCUUGGACAAAAGGGUUUUGCACUGUGCAUCUUCUGUUUAUAUUGUAAAAUAACUACUCCAAAUAAAAGGAAUACUGUUUUCAUA